UUCCACGAGACUGCAUACUGUCACUCUCGACAAGGUCAAGCUCUGAGUUUUGAACAAGGCCCGAUAUUUCGGUCUCAUCCCCCAUCAACCGGCCUCCGAAACAAUGAAUCCGAUCCCAAAUCCCCAUUUAGGAUCAUCCCACAUCCUGUUCACAGUCAGCCCCCAACCCCUCCAUCUCCGCCUUCUCUUCCUCUUCGUCCCCACCUAAUCUAAAUCUCAAAAAUCACCUCAAGAUUCACGGAACCCAGAUCUCCAAAACCCUGAAAUCGCUCACGGUUUCACCUGACCCAGAGCCCCAAAACCUCGUUUUUAAACCCUCCAAUGGCGUCUCCCUCCAUUCUAUGUGUCUUGUCCGACGACAUACUCGCACGGAUCCGCAGCAAGCUGAGCUCCGAGUUGGAUCGGAAGACUUGGCGACUCGUCUGCCGCGACUUCCUUCGAGUCGACUCAGCGUGUCGGACCUCGCUCAGGGUCCUCCGCACUGAGUUCCUCCCGGGUUUGUUGCAGAAAUGCAGGAACAUGGAGAGCCUGGACCUCUCCGUCUGUCCUCGGAUCAACGACGCGAUGGUGGCGAUUCUGCUCGGUCGUGGCUCGGUGAGCUGGACACGGGGGCUGAGGAGGCUGGUGCUGAGUCGGGCCACUGGGUUGAAAUCUGCCGGGUUGGAGUUGCUGACUCGUUCGUGUCCGAGCUUGGAGGCUGUUGAUAUGUCGUACUGUUGUGGGUUCGGAGAUAGAGAGGCCUCGGCGCUAUCUUGCGCCGUGGGGCUGAGGGAGCUGAAGCUGGACAAGUGCUUGGGUGUGACGGACGUUGGGCUCGCAACGAUAGCCGUUGGAUGCAAUAAGUUGCAGAGAUUGAGUUUGAAGUGGUGUAUGGAGCUCACAGAUUUGGGAAUCGAUCUUCUGGUGAAGAAGUGUUCGGAUUUGAAGUUUCUCGAUAUUUCCUAUCUUCAGGUGACAAGUGAGUCUCUACGUUCAAUUGCUUCUCUACAAAAGCUGGAGGGUUUGGCUAUGUCGGGAUGCUCUUUAGUGGGUGACCUUGGUUUACAUUUUCUUGGCAAUGGAUGCCCUUCUCUCCUGGUAAUAGAUGUAUCGAGGUGCGAUGGUGUGAGUUCAUCUGGCUUAAUUUCUCUAAUUAGAGGACAUAGUGAUCUCCAGCAGCUCAAUGCAGGAUACUCUUUUCCGGAACUUUCUAAAAUGUUUUUUCGCCAGUUGAAAGACAUGAAGGAUCUUAACUCAAUAAAAGUUGAUGGGGCUCGAGUUUCUGACUUUAGCUUCCAAAUCAUCAGCGCCAAUUGCAAAUGUUUGGUUGAAAUAGGGUUGAGUAAAUGCAUGGGGGUGACUGACUUGGGCAUUAUGCAGCUGGUAUCUGGCUGUCUAAAUUUGAAGAUUGUCAAUCUAACAUGUUGCUGUUCCAUCACUGAUGCAGCAAUUUCAGCUGUAGCUGACUCUUGUAGGAACCUCUUGUGUCUGAAGUUAGAGUCAUGUAAUUUGAUCACUGAAAAAAGUCUUGAUCAGCUUGGAUCAUGUUGCUUGCUGCUUGAGGAGCUUGAUCUUACAGACUGUUCUGGUGUUAAUGACAGAGGACUGGAGUAUUUGUCCAGAUGUUCAGAACUGACAUGCUUAAAAUUGGGUCUUUGUGCAAACAUAUCAGAUAAGGGAUUGUUCUAUAUUGCUUCUAACUGCAAAAAGCUCCGUGAACUUGAUCUAUACCGCUGUAACAGCAUUGGUAAUGAUGAAUUAGCUGCUUUAUCAAGUGGUUGCAAGAAGUUGGAGAAGCUUAACUUGUCAUACUGCAGUGAGGUUACUGACACAGGAAUGGAGUAUAUAAGCCAGUUGAAAGACCUUUCUGACCUAGAGUUGCGGGGGCUUGUGAAAAUUACAAGCACUGGUUUGACAGCAGUUGCAGCUGGAUGCAUGCGACUCGCAGAAUUGGACUUGAAACAUUGCCAGAAAAUCAAGGAUUCUGGAUUUUGGGCUCUUGCCUACUACUCACGGAAUUUACGACAGAUAAACCUGAGCAAUUGUACUGUAUCAAAUAUGGGGUUAUGCAUGGUGAUGGGGAACCUGACUCGCCUGCAGGAUGCAAAACUGGUGCACCUCAGCAAUGUGACAGUGGACGGGUUUGAGCUUGCACUUAGGGCCUCUUGCAUUCGAUUGAAAAAGGUUAAGUUACUCGCCUCUCUCAGUUCUUUGUUUUCCUCAGACUUACUUCAAACCCUGAGGGAGAGAGGCUGUCAAAUUAGAUGGAUAGGAUCUACGCAUAUGUAUACGCACGAAUAAAGCUCCAAUCAUCAGGGAUGCCAUGAUGUAGAUGGAGGCAACAAUGGUUCUUUCAUGGAAGCAUGAUUACUUGUUUGGGAGAACGGAAAUGGAAAUCGCAACGCAACCUGGAAAACUCUGUGAAACUUGAUGUAGUAACAGUAUGUAUAUGCUUGGGAAACAUGAUGAAAAUGUUUGUCUUUGCAGAAAACAUUUUAAAGCAAAGCAUCAUAUUUUAUCAAGCCGAAGCACCCAUUGUCAGUGGGAUUUUAUAGCACUUUCAGAGAAAUUUCAAUUGAGCUGUGGAGCAAGAACUUUAUUUAAAAAAUAAAGAAAUGAAAUUUGCAGGUGUUAUAUCCUAUAUA